AUGCCACCAAAAAAGAAAGGUAAUCAGCCAUCAGAUAAGUCUAAAGCCAAGGCCAAGGCCAAGUCUGCUGAAGAUAAAUCUUUUGGUUUGAAAAACAAGAACAAAUCGAAAAAAGUCCAACAACAAAUCAACCAAAUGAAAGCAGGUAUUGAUGGAGGUUUGGCUAAAAAGAAAGAGGCUGAAGCCAAGAGGAAAGCCGAAGAAAAGAAGGCACAAGAAGAAGCCAAAAAGGAAGCAGCAGCUUUGUUUGGUAUUCAACAACAGAAAGUCCCCUUUGGUGUUGAUCCCAAAUCGAUAUUAUGUGAAUUUUUCAAACAAGGAUUAUGUACAAAGGGCAACAAAUGUAAAUUUAGUCAUGAUCCAAAUGUUGGACGUAAAGUUGUCAAAAAGGAUUUAUACACAGAUAGUAGACAAGAAGAAAAGGAAAAUGAUACCAUGGAUAAUUGGGAUGAAGAAAAAUUAAGAAAAGUUAUUUUAUCGAAACAUGGGAAUCCAAAAACCACCACAGAUAAAGUUUGUAAAUAUUUUAUUGAAGCAGUUGAAAAUGGUAAAUACGGUUGGUUUUGGACUUGUCCUAAUGGUGGUAAUGAUUGUAAAUAUAAACAUUCUUUGCCUCCUGGAUUCGUAUUGAAAACAAAAGAACAAAAGAAAUUGGAAAGACUAGCGGCAGAAAACGAACCUAAAAUUACUUUGGAAGAAUUCCUUGAAUUGGAAAGAAGUAAAUUAGAUAAAAGCAAAUUCACACCAAUCACAGCUGAAUCUUUUGCCAAAUGGAAACAAGAGCAGAAUUCGAAAAAGGAAUCUCAAAGAAAGGAAGAUGAAAAGAAAGGUAAAAGAGUACUUACAGGUAGAGAAGUCAUUUUGGAGAAAUUCUCCGAUAAAUACUAUACUGAAGAAGAUAAUGGAGAAACAUGGGAUUUAUCACAAUUCAAAUCCAACUUACCAGAUGAUUCAGAUCCUAAUAUCAAAGAUUAUGGUGAUGGAUCCAAGGUUCAAGAGUAUUAUCAACAAGAGAACAAUAAAAGUGAAAGUCUAGAGAAUAAAGACGCAGUUACAGCAUAA